AUGGAUCGCGCCAGGAGGGCCUUGGCACGCACGCCGCCCGCCAGCAUCGCCGAAUACGAACCCCUUACCGGCGCCGAUGACGCCGAGUCCCCAGCGCUCGAGCGCUCCGCCGUCCUCGACCAUGAUGCCGACGCCGGCUUCUCGUGGUUUGAAUACGCCAUCUUUGCCUUUCUCGGCGUGGCCAUGCUCUGGGCCUGGAACAUGUUCCUCGCCGCGGCGCCCUACUUCGCCUCUCGCUUCGCCGCAGAUCCGUGGAUCUCGGCAAACUUCCAAUCCGCCAUCCUCACCGUCUCCACCCUCACCAACCUCGGCACCCUCGUCGUCCUCACCUCCAUGCAGCGCUCCGCCUCGUACCCCUUCCGCAUCAACCUCGCUCUCGUCAUCAACAGCCUCGUCUUCGCCCUCCUCACCUGCUCCACCGCCCUCUUCCUUGACGCCGCGCCGGGCCUCUACCUCGCCUUUCUGCUCGCCAUGGUUGCCCUGACCUCGUGGGCCACGGGUCUGAUACAGAACGGCGCCUUUGCCUUCGCCGCUAGCUUCGCACAGCCCGAGUACACGCAGGCCCUAAUGGCGGGUCAGGGCGUUGCUGGCGUCCUGCCCGCCGUCGCCCAGGUCGCCACCGUCCUCCUCUUCCCGCCCCACGAUGACCCCUCCUCCCGAGUCGACGGCCCCGCCGGCCAGGGCGAGACGUCGGCCUUUGUCUACUUCCUCACCGCCGUGGCCAUCUCCGUCGCCGCCGUCGCCGCCCUCAUACCCCUCGUUCGGAGGUACCACUGCAUCGUGGAGAAUCGCGUGCCCGAGGGCAUGACGGCGUCCAUGGCGAGCGUCCACGACGCCGAACGCGCCACCCGCAAGGUCAGCUCGCUGUGGUGCCUCUUUGCCAAGCUCCGUUGGCUCGCCCUCGGCGUUGCCCUCACCUUUACCGUCACCAUGUUCUUCCCCGUCUUCACCGCCAAGAUUGUCUCGGUGCAGCAGGAUGCCGGCUCUCUCUUCCGCCCCGCUGCCUUCAUCCCGCUCGGUUUUCUCUUCUGGAACCUCGGCGAUCUCGGCGGCAGGGUCGCCACUGCCUUGCCCUUCUCCCUCAGGCACAGGCCCGCCGUGCUCUUCCUGCUUUCCAUUGUCCGCAUCGCCCAGCUCCCGCUUUACUUUCUUUGCAACAUUGGCGGCCGCGGCGCCGCCGUCUCGAGCGACUUCUUCUACUUAUUCGUUGUCCAACUGCUGUUCGGACUAUCCAAUGGCUGGCUGGGCUCUAGCUUCAUGAUGGCCUCUGGCGAGUGGGUGGACCCGGGCGAGCGCGAGGCCACUGGUGGCUUCAUGGGCCUAUUCCUGGUUAUAGGCCUCACUGUGGGUAGCCUGCUGAGCUUCACCGUGUCAGACAUAUAG